AAUCCAAAACACAAAUAAAUCUGAGAGCUGAGGAGCUGCCCUUUGAAAACCCUCUAAACAGUGCUUUCGAUCUACGACCGUGAAGCUAGGGUUUCUCAGAACCGAUUAUCAAGAUGGCGAUGUCCGCUUUCAGACGGGAAGGGAAGCGCUUGUCCACUCUGAUGUCUCCCCGCCCGAUCAUCGCCUCUAGAUUACCUCCUCUCGCCACCCUUGAGGAGGAUGGCCCUCAAGGAGCUCGCCAUAUUUCAACUCAAGCUGUUCGAAACAGGAUGAAGAGUGUCAAGAAUAUUCAGAAAAUCACUAAGGCAAUGAAGAUGGUUGCAGCCUCAAAGUUGAGGGCUAUUCAAACCAGAGCUGAAAAUUCUCGUGGCCUCUGGCAGCCAUUUACUGCACUUCUUGGAGACACUCCUAGUGUUGAUGUGAAGAAGAACGUUAUUGUGACGAUCUCUUCAGACAAAGGUCUUUGUGGUGGAAUUAACUCCACAUCAGUCAAAACAAGCAAGGCUUUGCGCAAAUUGAUUUCUGGUCCUGACAAAGAAACCACAUAUGUUAUUUUGGGAGAAAAAGCAAAAGUUCAGUUGGUGCGUGACUCAAAGAAGAACAUUGAGUUAAGCAUAACUGAAUUGCAGAAGAAUCCUCUGAAUUAUACCCAGGUCUCUGUUCUCGCUGAUGAUAUUUUGAAGAAUGUGGAGUAUGAUGCUUUGAGGAUUGUAUUCAACAAGUUCCAUUCUGUAGUUUCGUUUCUGCCAACAAUGGCAACUGUUUUAUCACCAGAGGUUGUUGAGAAGGAGUCUGAAUCUGGUGGAAAGAUUGGCGAUCUCGACUCUUAUGAAAUUGAAGGUGGAGAAACCAAGGGUGAAAUACUUCAAAAUCUGGCUGAGUUUCAGUUUUCUUGUGUAAGUCAAAUUCUCAUGCUUUGAAUAGUAACUGGGUUUGAGUCUGCUGUUGUGUGAAACAACUGUGGUGUU